CUGCAUUGCAUCAAUAACCACGCUCUAUAGGGCCAAAAUGGCCUCCCUCGCUUCCUCCCACAGAGCACUAGCUCGCUUUGCGUCGCGCCAGCUGCGAAGCCAACGACGAGGGUUUCGCAGCUCGCCCGCGGCGCAAGCUGCUCACAACUUCACCAUGCCCGCUCUGUCGCCGACAAUGACGGAGGGAAACAUUGCGAGCUGGAAAGUGAAGGAAGGCGAUGAAUUUCAGGCGGGUGACGUGCUGCUGGAAGUCGAGACUGAUAAGGCCCAGAUGGACGUCGAGGCUCAGGAUGACGGAAUCGUUGCUAAGAUCUUGACGUCAGACGGUGCCAAAGGUGUCAAGGUUGGCUCGCGCAUUGCGGUGUUUGCUGAACCGGGAGACGACAUAUCUUCCCUUGAAAUUCCUGCCGAGGAUUCCCAGACAGCUGCAAAAGUGGAGAGUGGCGCUCCUAAAGAAGAGCAAAAGGCCUCUGCAGAAGUUUCUCAACAGCCAAAGUCAACGCCCAAGGCCCCUGGCGCCGGACAAAAACAAAAAUACCCCCUCUACCCCUCCGUGCAAGUUCUCCUCCACACGCACAACCUCAAUGCUGAGGACAUCCCGCCAACGGGACCGAACGGGCGUUUGCUCAAGGGAGAUGUCCUCGCGUACCUAGAUCGGAUUCCUCCGUCGUAUCCGAAGGAGAUUGCGGAUCGCAUUAGCAAGCUCUCACAUCUCGACCUAAGCAAUGUCAAACCUGCUGCACCCAAAGACGCACCAAAGCAAGCAGAGGUUGCGCCGGUUGAAGAGAAGGCAGAGGAAAUCCAGGUCGAUGUUGCUGUGCCCGUAAGCUUGACUGCCGUGAUGGAUGUGCAGCGGAGAAUUCAGGAAAGCUUGGGCAUUACGCUCCCCCUAUCGACCUUCUUAUCAAGAGCAAUUGCCCUUGCAAACGAAGACCUUCCAUAUACCCGCAAGACGCCAACAGCGGACGAGCUUUUCGAUGCUGUGCUCGGUCUAGAUAAAGUGUAUGGGAAACCGUCCUUGACAAAGGACGGCUCUUUCGAGCCUCAGAUUGUUGCCCUUCCGGAUCCAUCACUCCGCGUCACACGACCUGCUCCCUCACGACCAAAGAAAGCAGAUUUAUUCGACGAGCUUAUUGCGCCGAAGCAAAGGAAGUCAACUACCACAGGCCGCAAGACCGGACCUAUCGGCUCAAUAGGCACAGAAAACAUCUUUAGCUUGAGUGUUGGAAAAGAAGAUGAAAAAAGGGCAAAGAUCUUUUUAGAGAGAGUCAAGACUGUCCUGGAGGCGGAGCCAGGAAGACUGGUGCUCUAAUUCUACUACAUCUGGAAUUGAAACCGCUAGGAUGGGUAGACGCUAUGGUGGAUCUUGUGUGUAUGAUUAUCAGGUAAAUGUUCAUAGAUUAAGUUAGUCAGAGCGUUUAAAUCAAUCCUGGGGACAAUUGAAAUCCAACAGUGUACAUUUUAACAGCACUUCAAUCAAGCUCGCUCAUUACUUACAUAUACGUGGCAAUUACCA